AAGAUGAGAUGUUUCAUUUUCUGGGUGAUAAAGCAAGUCAGAAAGAUGACGAUUAUCCUGACUUUAAGGAAAAGCUGUCAGCACUGUACGGAAGAAAAGAAAAGGAAAACAUAACCUCUGAAAUGCUCAUGGAGGAAGAAUAUUUCAGUGAAAUUCCAGAAUUUCUCGAAAACAAGAAUAAGAUUUUGCCAUGUGAAUCAGCUGAAGAGCUAUCUACAACACUUGUCAGAUUCACAAGAGUCACAAGACGUGACUCAGAAGACAAAGAAAGUCUAAAGAGGUGGUACUGGCCACUGGUGAAGUGUGUGACUGUGAGGGUGCCUCAAAAUGAUCUUCUCCAGCAUGUCACACUUGUGGAUCUUCCUGGAAAUGGGGACCGUAACAAGAGCAGAGACGAGAUGUGGAAAAAGUUAGUUGGAAGUUGUUCUACUGUGUGGAUUGUGACUGACAUUGAACGAGCAGCAGCAGAGAAAGAAGCCUGGGAAAUCCUGGAAAGUGCCAGCAGCCUCAUGGGAAAUGGGGGCGAGUGUCAGCACAUUCACUUUAUCUGCUCCAAAUCUGAUUUGAAUCUUAAGGACCAUGAAGCCAUACGUAAAAAGAAACAUUCAAGCCAAGAAAACAGUGAGCGAACAAUUCAGCGAAGAAAAAGGCGAUCAAGGUGA